CUGACUUUAUUCUCACUUUAAUCUCAUGAACUCACUGGUCUAAGUUGUCCUCUGCCCCUUGGAACCCAAACCACCAGUGAGACCAUUAACAGCUCGUAACCACAAGAGACAGACAAAGAGCCGUGUGGGGGUCCACAUUGUGUGGAGAGAUUUGUCUGGGUUAAUUUUAACUCCUCCGGGUGUACAGCACCUGUGCUGCAAAGGAAAAUGACAGUGGUAGUCGAAGGUCAACGAGGGGUAGCUUGAUCGCUGCGUGCCAGGCUGAGUUGUAAGAAUUAAAACCAGGUCUCUUGUGCUGGCUGUGGAUUGUGUGAGAUUCUAUCAGGACCGACUUUGGGGUUUGAGGCUCGGCUGCAGCUCCUCAGUCUUUAGCACGUUGGAUAACAGCAGAAAAAGUAAAAUGAGAUAUGAAUAAUCUCAAAGGGACAAACAUCACAGAGCAGAUUAAUAUAAAAGUUAUAUAAAAGGUCUUUGAGGUAUAGAUUAAAUAUUUGUUUCCUCUCAUAUGUCUGAUAGAAAACACACGAGUGAGAUGUCAUGGAAUAUGACUUUAAUAACUAUCUUUGUGUGUUGGUGUUUGAUUAGUGAGCAGCUGGAUCAGUCUCUGGAACAAGAGGCAUUAUGUGGCUCAGGCUGAUAAAAAUAGUGCCAAGUAAAGAUGCCAACUUAAAGCUGAGCUACAGGACAGUUGUGUGUUUGGGUGGGUUCCAGCUUUUUCCACUACAGGGUGUGUAAACAAAGUUAGAAGUUAAUCAGGUUUUGCUGCCAUUGUGUUGUUGUUGUUUGUUUUACAUUUACAAGUUAUACUGUACAUACAAAUAUAAAGAACUACUACUGAAGGACUACUUAUAUAUCUUAUGUUGGGAUUUGGUGGCAAACAAAUCAAAUUGAGGAUAAAGAAUGUCUUUAGUUGAAUAUAAACAAAAAAAAAAAGAAAGAAAGAAAGAAAGAAAGAAAGAAAGAAAAAUGAAAGAAAUGAAUAACGAAUACAAAAUGUCAUCGUGGGCACACUGAGGCAAAUUCCAAAACAACAGAUAUGUGUCGCACUAAAGUAUUGAAUCUUAUGUUCCCCACCUGGAGAUCGUGAAAAAUGAUAUAUAUAUAUAUAUAUAUAUUAAAAAUAAUAAUAAUACUGUGACUAGUAAUAAUAACAAAAAUACUACUACUACUAAUACUACUACUAAACAACAACAAAAAUCAUACAAAUGAUAAUAAUAAUAAUGACAAUAAUAGAGUACUAGUUUUUGUUUUAAUAUCGAGAUUCUUAAUUCUUACAAAAUGCAAACAAUUAAGAAAUUCAGCUCUAGAUAGUGACUACUACAACUGUAAUAAUACUACAACUACCACUACUACUUAUAAUAAUAAUAAUGUAAUAAUAAGAAUAACAAUGAUAGAACUUAUAAUAAUAAAUACAAAUCUCUAAAUAGUGAGAAGCAGCAGCACAGUAAACAACCUCUCCAGAUCUCGCGGAGUCUCGUGGAGUCUCGCGUGGUUUGGCUGCAGCGACGGAAGAUGGAUAGCAUCGUGAGUAAAUCGAUCGUUAGCUGCCGUUAAAUCCGGAGAAAAGCCUCGUUCCGCCCGAUCCACAUCCACAGCCGCUCGCUCCCCGGAGGAUCCAGCCGGAGGGGACACGCUGGACUGGACGCACCGUCUCUUACAGGGGGGGGAUAAUCGGUCUGUAUGUGCCCCGCACGUCGGUUAAGCAGCCGCGGCUAACAAGCUAGGUGGCUAACAUCCGUUGGUGGGUGAAACCAGGAAGGAGUUUCUGCGGACGAGCAGCGCGCGGAGCCCGGCCUCAGGUUGCUCUUCUCCCGCGGACACCUAUCCAUUCAAUCCCCAGCCACAUCCAGGCGGCUGCACCCCGGGAGAAAGGACAAGAAUUUUUAAAUCGACCUGAGUGCAAAGAUGUCGAAGGCUCCAGACGCUCGUGCUAAGUCCCGCUCCAGAUCCAGGUCCAGAUCCAGAUCCUACUCCAGAUCUCGCUCCAGGAGCCACUCCCGCUCAAGAUCCAGGAAACGUCGCUACAGCUCCAGGUCUCGGUCCCGCUCUCGUUCUCACACUCCCUCCUACAGAAACUAUCCUAGCAGGGACUAUCAGAACAACAGAGGCGGCUUCAGAGGCUACAACCGCGGCUACAGACGGCCGUUCCACUACAGACCCCGAAACCGCGGCUACUACAAUCGUGGUCACUACCAGAACCGAGGAGGCGGUGGCUACAACCAUAAAUCCAACUGGCAGGGUGGUGGAGGCGGCGGCGGCGGCGGAGGCUGGCACGAGCGCCACCACGACCAGGACCACCACUCACACAGUCCCAGGAGGGGGCGCUCCCGCUCCCGCACACCCAAGAAGCGCUCUGGCAGCCGGAGCCGCUCACACUACUCCGAGCGCUCGUCGUCGGGCAGAUCUCAGCGCUCCAGGCACUCCAGCGAAUCCUCCCGGUCCAGGUCCUCAAGCCCACGCCACCGCAGUAGCAAGAGCAAGCGUGGCCCCAAGGAAGCCAAGGACAAGCUCGCAGAAAGUCCUCCAGAGAAACCAGGUCAGGCCGCGGAUGGCAGCGCUAUCGAGAAGGCAGCCGGGGGGAAAUGGAUCGACUAUGACGCCAGCCCCAAACGGGCUAACCUUAAGAAGGAGGACGCUCUCAGUGGCUCUGAGACGAAGGGAUCCAGCAGCAGUGGUCCUCUGUGGAAAACCAUCGGGGACGAGACCCCUCCACCCAAGAGCCCCAGCAAGUCAGGACAAACCGCCUCCUUCGGCGGCUUCGGGUUCUUCUCGAAUGAAGAAGUCAAAUCUGGAGAUAAGACUGUGAUCUCUGCUGCCUUCAAAAAGUUCUUGAAUGAGAAUAAAAACAAACAGGCCGCUGAAAAGGAGAACGGUCGUGAAAAGGAGCAGAGCAGCGAAGACAGAGACCUCGAGAAGGGAAGCAAGCCCGGAGACCUCUUCAGCAUGUCCUCCUCUUUCGCCAAGGAGGAAAAGACACGUCCGUUCUUUGACGCUGGAGAAGAGGAGUUCCUCAAGUCUCACGGCCUGAAAGACCACGACAUUGACGAGGACGGCGAGAACAAACCAUCCCUGACGGCUCGCGACAUUUUCGGGAAGUGGGGGGACGAGCCGGUCUACACGACGUCCUACCCGUCCGUCAAGGAGAAAACCCGCAGGGAUGAAGACGAGCUUGAGCCCAUCGAUCACAUGGAGGAGGAUAUGUACCGGAGCCGCAAGCACAGCUCGAAGAAGGAGGAGAAGUCCAAGAAGAAGGAGAAGAAGGAGAAGCCCCGGAGGAGUCCGUCCCCUGCCACGUCAAUGUCUCGAGAGAAAGAGCGCCCCCUAUUCCCUGGAGCGUUCCCUCCUCGUGAGGACUCCCCCGUACGGCUGUCAUGUUCGAGGGAGGAGUUUGAGCUCAAAUUCGGUUCUUCAGAUGAGCUGCCCAGUGUUCCUCACUCCUUCUGUUCUCUCAGCUCCUCCGCGUCUAAAGAUCGCCUCGUGCCCCGGGAUCUGCUGAACAUCUCUAAGAAGGAUCCGGAGCUUCGUUCCACCUUCCAGCACAUUCAGGCCGCACAGCUCCGCCGCAGCCCCUCAGAGCUGUUUGCUCAGCACAUAGUCUCAAUCGUGCACUAUAUCAAAGCUCAACACUUCCACUCGUCAGACAUGACUUUGAGUGAGCGGUUUGCCCUGUACCAAAGAAAAGCUGCCGAGGUAGAAAUGAUGAAGCCAAGGAAGAGCCCAGAAAUCCACAGGAGAAUCGAUGUUUCCCCCAGUGCCUUUAAGAGGCACUCUCACCUGUUUGAGGAUAUGGAGGAGGCGAGCUACAAGGAUCCGACUAAAAAGUUCAAAGGUGAUGUGAUGGACCUUCGGCUGGAUAUUGAAAGACGCAAGAAGUUUGCGGUGAAAGGAGCCAGAAGCCCGGGAGACUCCCGAGGGCCGAGCAGAGAAAAGUCCUCUGAGAAAUCUGGGAAACACCACAAAAAGUCCAAGAAGGGAAAGAAGAAGCGUGAUCGCUCCCCGUCCUCCUCUUCCUCCUCGUCCUCUCCGUCCCCUUACCCCUCACAUUUCAGAGGUAAACCCUACAUGGGCGAGGGGAUGGAGCAGUCGGAGGAGGGCUACCCUCACCCACGCUAUCCCCCAAGGGACUGUGGGGGACCUGGGGAAAGGGGCCCCCGGGAAUACGAGGGCCACCCCCCUGAGAGAGGCCGAGGUCGUGGAUUUUUCCCCAGAGUGAGAGGACGAGGUUGGAACAGGGGAAAUUAUCCUGGCAACAACGGCAAUGUAAAUCCUGCUAAUAUGAAUCCUGCAGUGCGCCCCCCCGAGGAGGAGUGGGACCCUGAGUAUACGCCCAAGAGCAGGAAGUAUUACCUGCACGAUGACCGCGACGGAGAGAAAACCUGGAUCGAUAACCGCGGGAGGGGGCGGGGCUCCUUCCCGGCUCGCCGCGGCCGCUUCGUCUACCGGAAGGGAGGCAGCAGCCCGAAGUGGACGCACGACAUGUUCAAGGGAGAAGAGGAGCGGGACAUGGGAGACGACUGCGUAGAAGUGGACCACAAAGACCUGAAGGGCGGCGGUGGUGGGGGUGAGGGCCCCCCCGGCCUGAAGCAGUGAGCUGCUCCGCUCCGUCCUCCACUUUUAUCACCGUGUCAGAGUCGUGGUGACGGGGUUGUUCUUUCUUUGUUUCUCCCCUCCAAGUCAUCUCAUGGUUUAACGGUUAAAAUGUGUUUUAGUUUGUUACUGACUUGAACCUGAAAGCAGAGCUCUGUUUGUGCGGCUGUUUCCAGACAUGAACCAGACCCAAUGUUCUCCGGACAUUUCCCGGAGAGUUUACCGUUUGUGAGAUCGUCUGGAGAGGUGAGCAUGAGAUGUUCAGAGCAACCGACUCGGACAUUUGUGUUCUCUCUGUGAACUCCGAGGAAAAUGUCCUGACUUCAUUGUGCGUCUGAAAGCAGCUUCUGUAAAGAUGAGUGUGUGUUUCUUCUUCUUUUCUUUCUUUUUUUUACGUGACAGUGAGUUUGAUCGGGUUCCUUUUUGCUGCCGUGUCUUUGUAACAGAGCGAUUUACCGAGGCCACCGAGUUUAAAUAAGAAAGGAGUUUUGUGCCUUAGAAUAAAACAUACUGUGCUCAUGUGAUCUGUUUUUAAAAGGUACAGGAAGGCAUUCUGGUUGUUUUUGUUUUUCUUCCUUUGGGGCCCGUGAUAAAUCUUUGCCGUGGCUUCAUGAUGAGUUUUGAUUCGUUCCCGCUCCAUGGGACCAAUCAGAGGCGGGAACCUGACCCGUGAUUCGUCAUCGACACACGAACACACAACAUGAACGUUGUUCUGUUAAACCCCUGGACCGUUGAUGUUAGUCACUGUUAUCUGAGCUGUUUCACUUCACUUUGAUUCCCCUCAUUAGGAGGUGAAGACAUUUUAUGUGUUCUACAUUAUAUUCUCAUCAAUUUGUAAUUUCAGUAUAAAAAACAACUAAUACAUUUAAAAGAAUUGGCACAAAAAAGAAAAUCUCCUGAUUUGCUGUAGACACGUUAGGUUUCCUGCCUCUGUGAUAUCAGUGUAGGUGAGGGGCUACGUUUGUUUAGACUUUUAAUAAAAAAGAAAUAGUGCGUGUAUAGAAUUAUACAACAUAAGUUAUUAUCGUAACGUCUGAGGGAGGAAAACCACAUUCUUUAAAAUACAAACUGCAGCGAGUCUCUCGUAACAAAGACCUGCAGUGGAAACUUUGUGCUGAACCUGAAUACGUGAAGAGAAACCUGAAAAUCUGUGACACGACAUUUUUUCAAGUAGCAAAAAUACGAACCUGUUCAUUUGAAGCGUCGACACGAGCUAGAAGUAGUUUUUGUGGAUCUCACUUUUGACUGUACAUAGUGCAUGUACUAAACACAGCUGUAGGACUGUACCAUUUGUUUUUUUUUGUUUAAUCAAAAGUUCAAGACUUUUUUUACUGUUCUCAAGAGCUUUGAAUUACUUGUCUAAUAAACUCUUCUUUGAUUCAGGGCAAAUCAGAAGUGUGGUUCUUGAGAUUCCAUGAAAUAAAACCACUUUAAAAAAAAAA